AUGUUUUCACCGCAGCUCAGUGAAUUGGAUAUCUCUUAUAAUGAUUUUAGUGGCCAUCUCUCUCAAGGAUUAGGCAGAUGUCUGAGGCUAAGUGUUCUACGAGCAGGCUUCAACAAUAUCUCCAGUGAGAUCCCAGGUGACAUCUACAACCUUUCAGAGCUUGAGCAACUUUUUCUACCAGCCAAUAAGCUUACUGGUAAAAUUGAUAAUAACAUCACCCGGCUCAAGAAACUAACCUCCCUUGAGCUUUACUUCAAUCACCUAGAAGGAGAGAUACCAAUGGACAGAGGUCUUGUCUCCAGCCUGAGAAGCCUCCAACUCCAUAAUAACAACAUCACUGGUACAGUUCCACUUUCUCUAGCAAAUUGUACAAAUCUCAUCAAGCUGAACUUAAGGAUCAAUCGUCUGGGAGGGAGCUUAAGAGAGUUUGAGUUUUCUCAGUUGCAGAGUCUUCAGGUUUUGGAUCUUGGAAACAAUAAAUUCACUGGCGAAAGGCAACUGAGACCAGUACGUGGCAAAGCUCGCCCAGGAAGCGGAGCGUUACGAGGACAUGGUACACUUAAUUACGGAGCAAUUCUUCACAGACGCCACUCCAACAAAGGAGCUUACGGUGGAAGAGCGAAACCUCCUUCAAUCGUGCCCAAGAACGUGAUCGGAAGCCUCCUGGAGGAUGUAUUCUCAGUAGAGCACAAAGAGGAAAGCUGUUUAGGGUUAGUUUAG